CAUUUCAGGUUGGCUGCUUCCCUGGCUCCCUCGGUAAAGGGGUGUCUGUGAGGCAUGUAGGUGAUGGAAAGUGGCUUGGGAGUUUGCAGAGGAAACGGCUAAACAGUCAGCUUGACCUUUUUUUCGGGACACACAGCUCGAUCAGCUGGUUGACUCCACACUAGCUGCCAUUUUUAGGUCAUUCGAGGCAUCUCGCUAACUUGUGUGUGUAGCUACAGACAGCUGUAUGAAUAAGCCUGCUUUAUUCAUAUAUUAGUCGCCCACUGGGGUGUUGUCUAGUGGUGGAAUACAAAUCAUGAUGGCUGAUGGAUGUUGCAGAGGGAUGGAAAGAGGCAGGGGUAAGAUUGCAUCAGAUUCUUUACCGAGACCCACAUAUCCUCAGCAAUAUGUUCAGAGCGGAUCCCAGCAGCAGCAGCAGCAGCACCAGCAGCAGCAGCACCAGCAGCAGCAAGGCAAUGACAUCCAGGAGUUAGCCUCCAAACGAGUCGACAUCCAGAAGAAACGCUUCUACCUGGAUGUGAAGCAGAGUGUGCGCGGACGCUUCCUCAAAAUCGCCGAGGUGUGGAUCGGCAGAGGCCGGCAUGACAACAUCAGGAAGAGCAAGCUGACGCUGUCCAUGUCCAUGGCCCCGGCGCUGCGCUACUGCCUGGGGGACUUCAUCGAUUAUUACGCACGGAUCGGACUGCGGGGGGGCCUCGCGGCACAGCAGUUCGAGGAGCACAGCAACAACGGCCAGGGCCGCGCGCACGACUCCCGCAGAAGAGCGCAGACUGAGCCGCACGCGGCGCUGUCCCCUGGCGGCUCCGCGGGCUCAGUAGACGAACAUGCCCACCGCGUGCUCAAGAGCGAGUUCAUCGAGAGGGACAACAGAAAGUAUUACCUGGAUCUGAAGGAGAACCAGAGAGGGCGAUUCCUCCGCAUCCGGCAGACUGUCAGCAAAGGACACGGAACCAUGGGGUACUACGGUCAGGGCAUUGAGCAGACCAUCGUGCUGCCCGCGCAGGGGCUCAUCGAGUUCCGGGACGCGCUGUCUCAGCUCAUCGAGGACUAUGGAGACAGCGACGACCGAGCCGCCGCCAGGAACCAAGACGAAGACCCCGAGCUCCCCGAGGCUGCGUCCUUCAGGGUGGACAACAAGAGGUUUUACUUUGACGUCGGUUCCAACCGGUACGGUAUCUUUUUAAAAAUCAGCGAGGUGCGGCAGCCGUACAGAAACACCAUCACCGUCCCCAUGAAAGCCUGGGCCAGGUUUGGAGAGAAUUUCAUCCGGUACGAAGAGGAGAUGCGACGAAUUUUCUCGUCCAACAAAGAGAAGAGGAUAGACGCCCGGCAGGACAGUGAGGAGCCGGAGGACUGACCUUGCAGUAGGCUGUGUAUUUUGCAUGUAUUCUAGGGAUUCUGUUCAUGAGAUAUCCAGAAUGACCCUAAAUACUCUCCUUAUGUGUCCCUCCCUAAUAGCCUAUAAUGCAGUGUCCAGUGUUGGCUCAUCUACCAAGGGCUGGUAAACUAUAAUUAUAACCUGCCAAGAAGUUCAUAUCCCAUCUGUUGUAGUGGAAAAUAUUGGUUUUCUAACAUUUUCAUUGCCCGGUGCUGUUUAGUGCACCAGGGGCACACCAAACCUAUUCGGGGCCCUGAGCAUCAUUUAUAAAUCCCCCCCACCCCUCCCCUUUAAACUUGAAGAGUGUACAGUAAUUAUAAGUGACAUUGAAAGAUGAUGCUAGUGUUAUUAGGAAUGUGGUGCCUGCUAAACCACUUUAAUAUUUUGGCUCGGAAAGCGUAUAGAGCGGUACAGUGAUGACAAUAUGUUGUUGGCCGACCCAAAAGUUAGCAUUAAUUGCCAGAAUGACCCUAAAUAUUCUCCUUAUUUGUUCUUAAUACCUUAUAAUGCAGUGUCCCAUAUCAUCUACCAAGGGCUGGUACACUACUAAUUGUAACCUGCCAAUACGUUUAUAGCCCAAUGAUCUUGAACAUGUCAACUAUUGGUUUUCUAACAUUUCCAAUGCUCAGUGCUAUUUAAUGCACUUUAGCCAGGGGCAGACUAAACCUAUUUGGGGCCCUGAGCAGAAUUUUUAAAUCCCCCCAUCCCUCCCCUAUAAACCUGAAGAGUGUACAGUAAUUAUAAGUGACAUUGAAAGGUGAUGCUAUAGUGUUAUUAGGAAUGUGGUGCCUGCUAAACCACUUUAACAUUUUAGCUCCCAAAGCAUAUCAAGUAUUGCCGAAAAUAAGAUAUAUCCGGGUAACACAAGUUUGUGAUACUUACACGUUUUGAUUUGAAGGAUAAUCAUACCGUAAUUAAAUUAUUGCAAGCGGCAGUAGUAAAAAGCUAACGUUACGCAAUAAAGGAACUACAUCAUGGAUGAGCAUCGCCACCGCUAAGCUAAAGGCAGCUAAUGUUUGGCAUGAUGACGUUUAUUUGUCUCUUUUAAUCAUUAGUCCGUAACCCCUGUUUUUAACACACAUAGAAGCCUCUGACAUUUACCUUUGGGGUAUUUACUGAUGUAUGUUAUGGUGUAGAACAUAACGUGUAAAUCUCCCCGGCUUGUGUUAACCAUCUUAUUUCAGGCAUCUAACCAAAAACCAGUUAAAAAAAACAUUGAUGUCGAGACGAGGGAUCUGGAAGUGGUAAAAAUGUUGACUCAUUUCCAGGAUUUAGGACUCAUUCCUGCACCUUAAUCAGUUUUACGAUGCAGAAAAACCACAAAUGAUCGCUGAAGGAAAAAAAAAGAAGAAGAUAUAUAUAAUAAAUAUACUUAUUAUGUAUUCCGUAUAGAUCGUGCAAUGGGAAAAAUACUAAAUUUAUUCAUUACAUUUACAUUUAAAUAGCAACUAAAAAAGAACAGAAGACCUCACAUAUGGGAUCUGCUUGUGUUUUGACAAGUGUUGUGACAGGCCUCACACUGCUGGUGUGUGUUGCCCGUCAGUGGACCAACUAUGGUUAAUCCUAUACUGGUUUGUCAUUCAUCAGAAAGAAUUACAAUUGCCACAUUUGAAUAAUACUACAAAACACACACACACAGAGAGUAGAUGAUACCGUUUCCCCGCAGUGCAUUCUGCAAAAGCACUUUGUGAAGGCGACCAGAGCGAAAGAAUAGCCUGCAGUGUGUCAGAUGUAGCAAUGUGCUGAUUCGCUGCUUACCUCGGCAGCAUGGAGGUGAGGGGAGAAAGGAAAGUUCAAAGGAGAAGCAGGACACUAUGGGCUGGUUUCUGCUGUGUGUAAUUUAUCUUCCAUUUCCUGUGAUAACACACCGACACGGCCCUUUGUUAGUGUUCUGCCGUAGUGCUUUUGUCAGUGGAAAAGCACCGAUCAGUUUACAGUUGUUAACCGAGUUGGCAUACAAGCCAAAAUGUAUCCCAAAAUGCAUUAGCUAGUGCAAUAUAUCUCUUUUAUGAUAAAUCUAUCCAACACAGGCACUUAGUCCACUAACACAUUAUAAUAUAAAACAUUGUGUUCCAGUAAGAUGAGUCACAUGUAUGUGACUUGGUACCUGCAUUGAACUUUAAACACUUGAAAAGAAUUGACGUGUGACAUUUAAAGAUCACCAUAUUAAUAUAUUUGAAUCUCUUCUCCCCAUCCGGUUAAAGCAGAAAAGAGAAAACAGACGGUGACUGCUGCUUGAAAAGAUAUAUGUAGAUGUCAUUAUUCGUGAGGAUAAGUGUGUUGCUGUUGUUAUAUCAGUUAUACUAUGGCGGUUCAGAUUGACACUCUUGAAGGAAAGGUGUUUUACCCGUCUUCAGUAGUCUACACAAUCACGAAGGAAAACCAACCAGACUGUUAAAUGGGAGUGUGUGUGUUCUCUCUCAGACGAGGUGUUAAACUAAAAGCAGACAAAACACGGCUCUGCACCAAAACCUGAGAAAACAGUUAUAUUUUCACAUUUAUGCACCUUUUGUCGCCAAAAUUCAUUCAUAACAGAUUACUCUUGCGGCAUGAGGAGGGCAACUUGUCAGCAUUACGAGAAUAAUAAGAAUAAUACUGAAGAGGCUUAGUGCCAAGUGAGCAUUUGUUGUUUUUCCCUGAGAUUAAAGUCAGAAUUUCUGAUUUAAGAAUUCUGAAUUUAAUCUCACAACUCAACAAAAGUCUGGACAAAUUUCAGAAAUAAUUUUUUUUUCUUUACAUAUCCCGUUAAUCAUGAGUCCUGAGAUUAAUCCCCGGGUAGUGAACCAAGGACAGCUUGUAAAGUAAUGCCUUUAAAACUGAAGUGAAUACUUGAAACGUUUUCGGUUAUUAAUAUGAAGUAGUGGGACAGCUCAGAUCAGAAACAGGUGAAGGUAGACCUUGUUGUGGUGGCUUACAAAAGGCUCAGUGUCCUCUCAAACAGGCCUUGUGCCACCAUCGAGCUUCUCUCUGCAGAACCGUGUAUUUGACCUUUCCAAACUACUGUAUCUACUGAAGAGGACGACAUGUCUCACUCCUGUGCUGUGUUUGGCUGUCCCUAAAAGUGCUGCUUCCCCAUUAGAGCUUGAAUGGCAGGCGCUGUACAUUGAGCUGUGUGUGUGUGUGUGUGUGUGUGUGUGUGUUUGUUGUGUAAUGCGACCUGCAUGCAAGACAAAGAGCCUGAUUCAGACUGGGUUUAAAGGAAUCUCUCUUAAAGCGACCAUUUUGUUACAAUUACUCACCUCUGUCCUUGAAUUCCUGAAGAUAACUUGGAGAAUUCAUCGAACGGCAAAAUAUCCUUAUCUUAAAAGUCAAAAGUAUAUUAAAACAUCCAACUACAAACUCACACACAACUCCACUACUAAAUCUAUUUACCAGAGAUUUACUCAGAAAAGUUCUUCAAUAUCUCCAUGUAAAGUGGACACUCAUCCAUAUAGGGACAUCACGAUGAAACACUUCUGCUUCUAUUGGCUAGCGCUCCAACACCUUUUACGUGAUAGGCUAAGGGGCGGGACAUCUGUAAAGGGUUGACCAAUCAGAACUGAAAAUGACUAUAAUAGCAUUAGACAGUGAAAAGAGUUUCAUACACACCAUCAUGUUAGUCCAUAGACUGCAAGAGAAAAAUGUCAGACACACAGAUCUGAGUCUGUCUCAGUGUCACUCUGCAGGAUGCACUGCUGUGAACUCCAAGUAAAAAGAGAGGAGGUCAGAGGAAAUGACUGGUAGAGGUGUGUAGAAUAAGUUCAGUGUAGAUGUUUGUGCUGGUGUGAUGCCUUUAGGUGCAUGAGAAGCACAGGAUAGUCGGGCUUGGUGUGUUUGUGUACUGUCCGGUGUAGGGCAUGAACCUUCAUGAUUCAGUGAGUUGUUUUAUUUUCAUAUGAAUGGCAAAAGUUAUAUAUAGCACUUGUAGGAAGUAUAAUUCAAAGCACAAUAUAUUAGAAUAUAUAUUCAAUGCUUUACAUGGAUUUGAUUCAGUAUGAUAGCUAGUGAUCGUUUGCUCAAGAGGCAAAGAUUAAAUGUCGCCCCGGUAAAACAUAUAUAAAGAUAAAGACGUGAUAUUUGUUCUCCUGAAAGAUAUUUCCGUCUUUUGUAUUCCAAAUAUCUCUCCAAAAAGCACUUUAAAUAAAAGCUGCACUUUCGUUCUGCUGCUCUGUAAUCAGUCGACGGAGAGGGACCAUUUAAGCCUUCGGUGUAAAGAGACAAUCAUGGAUCCCUCAAUCUGAUGCAGUUAAACAAAACUCCCAUCAUGCUGUGUGUCCAUUUCUGACUGACUACAGUUAGAUAAUACAAUUAAAGCCAGACAUUGAAGUCUCACUUUGUGAAAUGAGCACAACGUCUGAGAGCAGAUUUCCUCCUGUGGACAGGAACAGGCUGGAGAGCAGUAUUUAGCAACGGCACUAACUAAGUCCCUUUUUGUCCACACAGGCUACUUCAAAUAUUCAUAUGUAAUCGAGUCUAAAAUCCACAGAUUAUAAGCAAUGUCUCUAAUGGAAAACUUUUGUAAUUCAGUGGUAGAAAGUCACUAAGUACAUUUACUCAAGUAUUGUACAAACUUACAUUAUUUUUUCUCCAUUUAAUGCUACUGUAUACUUCCACUUCACUAUAUUUCAGAGGAAGAUAACAUUAUUUGUACUCCUAUAUUUAUGUGACACUGACAAUUGAUAGUUUACAUAUAAACACAUGAUAUACUUCAUUGUUAUGAUGCUGUCCUGAACUACUAACCCAGACUCUAAUGGCGCAUUUCCACUACAGCGCGUUUUGGUUGUGUUUCCACUAGGCGUAUUUCCGGCUAGCGGGUGCUUUUUCACAGUUUUCUGGCUCUCCCAAAUCGAGGUUCUUUCCGGGCCAACAACCGGGCUGAGUAUACUAAACUAGUGAGAGAAUCUCUGACAACUACAACACAAUGAACACAUUUGACCGUGAUUUAAUUGUAAUACACGUUUCAAAAUGAUGCCGAA